AUGCUUCAUGUCGAACUUCUCCAUCACUUUACCACCGAGACAUCGCAGUUAAUGAGCACCGGCGAGGCCCAACUCACUGCUGUUGACAUUUUGAAAUAUGGCUUGUCGGCGCCAUACCUCAUGAAUCAGUUUCUGGCUCUGUCUGCCUUGCACCUGAGUCUUUUAUGCCCCACUCAGCAGAAGCAUUACCUGCAUAUGGCGUCCCAGCUCCAGGCACAUGCGCUCUCUAUAUACAACGCCACUCGGCCUGAGAUAAACCAGGAAACGUGUGUCACCACACUGCUCUUCUCCUCGAUGAUUGGAAUACAUACCCUUUGCGACAGCCUCAACUAUCCAGAGGGGAGCCUCACAUCGUUCCUUGAUAAAUUCACCGACUGCCUCCGUCUUCACAAAGGCGUGCGCACAGUGGCAAAAAGCUCAUGGACGACACUGCGUGGAUCGGACCUGGAGCCCUUCCUAGCGGCUGGAGAACAGCUGUCUGAUUUAGGCACGAGCCUGAACCCCGAGUUCAUGAGCCUCCUGGAGCGUAUACGCGCCGCGAAACUGGGUGAUACGCCCACCGCCACUUACCAGGAAGCAAUUGAGGCGCUGCAGUCGGUAAGUACUGCGACGAUAUUAUGCCCGAGCGAACACCUUUCAAGAAACCAUCUUAUUUCGUGGCCGGCUCUUAUUCCGUCCGAGUACAUUGAUGCAUUGGCGCUGGGUCGGCCAGAGGCUGUUGUUAUCUUGGCGCACUACGCUGCUCUUCUGCAUUAUCAACGUAGCUUGUGGGUGUUUGGGGACUCGGGGAGGUUUAUCAUUCAGAGUAUCAAUGCAUUUCUGGGUCCGUCUUGGGCGGAGUGGCUGGUUUGGCCCAACCAAGUCCUUGCCGAUACUCCCCCGACGCCAGAAAGCAGUAUGAUGGAGCAUUGA